AUGGUUAAGGCAUGCGAUCAAUGUCAAAGACAAGGGUCAAUAUCUAAAAGACAUGAGAUGCUUAUGAAUUUUGUACUGGAGGUCGAGAUCUUUGAUGUGUGGGGGAUAGACUUUAUGGGCCCUUUUGUGAGCUCCUAUGGCAUGACCUACAUCUUAGUGGUGGUGGAUAACGUCUCCAAAUGGGUCGAGGCAAUCGCCUUGCCCAACAAUGAAGCAAGGAGUGUAACCGCAUUCUUGAAGAAGAACAUAUUCACGCGGUUUGGUACCCCGAGGGCUAUCCUGAGUGAUGGUGGUUCUCAUUUCUGCAGCAAGGCUUUCGCUGGGCUGCUUGAAAAGUAUGGUGUAAAACACAAGAGGCCACGCCCUAUCAUCCUCAGUCGAGUGGUCAAGUCGAAGUUUCUAAUAGGGAAAUCAAAACAUCCUAGCAAAAACCGUCAAUGCAAACCGGACCGACUGGUCAAGGAAGCUAGAUAA